GUUUGGACUUGACAAGUAGUAGUAACCUGUGCGUGGGUCUUCUCCGGCAUAAAACAUUGCCGGAAAUGGACGGAGAAGGAGCUUUAGGCGAGUCUUCUUCUUCAAUUCCGUUAGAGAAUUGGACAGAAGAACAGGAUCAGCUAAAGAAGAAACUGAUCACUCACGAUGACUUCCCAUGGAAGUUACCUUCAUCCACAGAACUUCCUCAUGGAUCAGAGACCCUUAAGUACGUUGGAGGUGUGGACAUAAGCUUCUCCAAGGACGAUUCCUCAGUGGCGUGUGCUUGUCUCGUCGUUCUUGAGCUGCCUUCUCUCCGUGUAGUUCAUAAUGACCUCUCUCUAAUCCGCCUCAGUGUUCCUUACGUCCCUGGUUUUCUCGCCUUUCGUGAGGCUCCGGUUCUGUUGCAGAUUCUUGAGAAGAUGAGGGAUGAUCAUCAUCCUUUCUAUCCUCAGGUGCUGAUGGUUGAUGGGAAUGGGAUACUUCAUCCACGAGGUUUUGGCUUGGCGUGUCAUUUAGGUGUUCUUGCUCACAUUCCUACCAUUGGGGUCGGAAAGAAUCUGCAUCAUGUGGAUGGUCUGGAUCAUUCUGAGGUGAGACGGUCAUUUCAGCUCAAAGAAAAUGAGGAUGAGCAGGUUAUGAAGUUGGUUGGGACCUCUGGUUUUACGUGGGGAGUAGGGUUUAGGCCAGCUCUGAGUUCUUUGAAGCCCAUAUACGUUUCAGUUGGCCAUCGCAUAUCACUUGACUCUGCGGUUGAGGUUGUCAAGAUGACCUGCAAGUACCGUGUUCCGGAACCUAUUAGACAGGCGGAUAUGAGAUCAAGAGCAUAUCUUCAAAAGCAUCAACUUGGACUUUUAAAAGAUUUGAGACCACUCGGAAUGGAUUCCUAGUAGUGAAGCCUAGUGGACUUCUCUUUUCCAGCAAGCCUGCUUAACUCAUUAGGUCGAGCUUUGGUUAGUCCAAACAAGAGGAGCAAAGUAGACACUGUGAACACAGCUAGCGAGAAGUAAGAGAUCAAACAGGUAUGUAAUACAUAAUCUCAAUUCUCAAUAAGCUGGCUAAUGUGUUAUAUCCACCAGAGGAAGAAAAAGAAUUGUGACCAAUAGGUUGUAAGUUAUACGUUAAUGUGGUUCAUUUAUGAUCGAUUUACAUGGGAGAAGUUGUAAAGAUCGAUUUACAUUUAGAAGACUUAUCAUAUUAAUUUAGGAUCAACUUACAUGGGAGAAGUUGU